ACGGUCACACUAUUUGAAAGCUCUAGCUAAAAAAAAAAACACUUGGCAAAAUUCAGAUAAUAAACAAAAUCAAAGAUAGUUGAAUUUGUAAUAAGAUGGAAUACGAAAGUGUGCUGAUCGUGAAGCCGGAGGUGUUCAUCUACAAAAUACCACCGCGCGCCAGCAAUCGAGGCUAUAGAGCGGCAGAUUGGAAUCUAAAGGAGCCCACCUGGACAGGCCGAAUGCGGCUGGUGGCCAAAGGCACCGCCUGCAUUCUAAAGCUGGAGGACAAGACCAGUGGCGCACUGUUUGCCAACUGCCCCAUCGACACAUAUCCCGGCGUUGCCAUCGAGGCGGUAUCCGACAGCUCUCGGUACUUUGUGAUCCGCGUCCAGGAUGAUAAUGGUCGCUCGGCAUUCCUUGGCUUGGGCUUUGGCGAUCGAUCGGACUCCUUUGACCUGAAUGUGGCGCUGCAGGAUCAUUUUAAGUGGGUGAAGAAUCAGGAGCAAAUCGAAAAGGAGAAAACAGAACCCAAGCAGGAGCUUGAUCUGGGAUUCAAGGAGGGCGAGACCAUUAAGAUCAACAUGAGAAUAACGAAAAAGGACGGCUCCGAGGGCACUUCGCGCACCGGCAAGAACAAGGGGUCAUCCGGCGUGUUGCCACCACCACCCGGUGGCUUAGGCAAGAUCGCUCCACCACCGGCAGCCGCUGCAGCCACGACGGUGCGGCAAAGUCCGGGCGUUUCGCCUGCGCACAGACCCGCCGGAGGAUCCGAAUGGACCGAUUAUGCAUCCGCAGGUGGCAACCAGGGACAACAGAACGCGGCCAAUGCCAACGCCAACGCCAACUGGGUGCAGUUCUAGAUAGACAUACAUCAUCCUGUUCCUCCUGCUGGUGCUGCUGCGCUUUUUUCUACCCCAACAUUAUGGUUUAAGAUGGUUGACCAGAUUUCUUUCUCCCUUAUUAUUCACUAUUGAUUCGCAAGCCUAUAAUAAUAUAAAUUUUUGUUUCGGUUUCGGUUCCAAAACACGACCAAAAGCAUACAAAUUUCAACAGAAAACCAUUAACAUUCAGCAGAAGCGGCGACAAGCGUCAAGCGUUAAAGAUAACUUUUAUUAUAUAUUUUUUUUAUUAAAUUGAAAGUGUGUAUUAGUUUCCUCGCCCAUCCACUCUCUCUCUCUCCCUCUCUUGCUGUCUCUAUCUUUUUGACUCGCUCUAUUUGAUGGAGAAAGGAGAAAAGAAAGUUGAAGAAAAAAAAAAGAGGCCGAGUUCUCAGUGGGCGGGGAUUUUUAGUAAAACUAUGUAUUUAGCCUGGUUGUUAUUUGUAUAAAUGAAAUGAAAGUAACGAGUGUGAAAAAUUCAACUAUUCGAAAGUGUAAUUUGUUAAAGUCUAGAUCGAGAGAUAUUGCAACUAAACCGGAAAGGGAAUUAAGUUUAAAUACCAAGUUAUAAAGCUAAACUAAUGUGAGUUGAAUUAAAAUUUUAAUUAAUUAUUCAAUUUUUGAGUACUUACACACAUUACACUCUAUCUCUCUCUCUCUCACGCAACAACACAUGAAAGGACAUUCCGCAAAAACAAAACAAAAAAAGUAUCGAUUAUCGUCGUAACAUACCAAUCUAUAAUUUAUUGUUAACACUCUCCUGAAAUUCUACCAGAUCCAUGGGUUAUAUAUGUAUAUGGCAUGCCGCAAACAAUACAGAUCUAUCUAUACAUAUAUAUAUUUUUUUGUUUCGUUUACAACACACACACAUACAUGCUUAGCAAUUAAGUAAAUCAAAUGAAUUAUAUAUAUAUAUAUAUAUAAUAUACAAUAUGAAGAAAUAUCCAUAUGUAUUUAAUAAACCACACACACAUACUUGUAGAGAAGGAAAUCUUGCUAGCUCUGAAUUCAAUUGUUAAACUUGUUUGUUUCUAUCCAACAAAAAAUCACCGGAGAACUGUGUGUCUUUGUUUCUCUGUUCCCGUUAAAAGAUUAACCUAAAACAAAAACGGGGCAAAGAAAAAGUUACAACACAUACAAAAAAAAUAUAUACAAAUAAAAAGAAGUUAUUCAUAUACUA